UGAAUAACUAUAGACUAGGCCUAUGUGAUCCGUAUGCCUGGCUGGCCGGCUGCCGCUGAUUUCUUGCCCAUGAGCUCCGUUCCUGUAUGCCCGUGUAUAAGAGCAGAGCAAGGAAGAGCAAUCGGCUGCCCCAUCUACUCGUGAACAUGGGUAAUCGGUACAUUGCGAUCGUAGCACUGGGUGUAUUUUUGGCCCAAACGAUGGCCCUAGAUCAACCCACUGUUACUGUGGAACAAGGUGUUCUGGUCGGAACCACCGAAACUUUUGAGGAAACCCAAUUCAUCAAUGUGAACAAAACCAUUGAUGUCUUCAAGGGGAUACCAUUCGCUGAGCCGCCCGUGGGGCCGCUUCGAUUCAGACCCCCGGUGGAAAAAAAGCCGUGGGUCGGUACAUACGACGCUACGAACUUCAGAGAUGCCUGUAUGCAGAACCCAGCAUAUGUGGGUAAUCCACCCGUGAGCGAAGACUGCCUACAUCUCAACAUCUAUGCACCAAAACCCGCAUUGCCAGAGGGCGCUCCCGUCAUGGUCUGGAUACAUGGUGGUGGUUUCAGUAGUGGAUCCAGCCGUGAGCUAAUGUAUCAAGGGCAGUCAUUGGUUGCAUCGGGUGACGUCAUCGUUGUCUCAAUCAAUUAUCGCCUGAAUGCAUUUGGGUUUCUUACAACAGGUGAUGAAGCAUUGCCGGGUAAUGUUGGACUCAUGGAUCAAGUCUUAGCGUUGAAGUGGAUUAAGGAGAAUAUUGCAGCUUUCGGCGGCGAUAGAAACCGCGUUACUAUCUACGGUCAGGCUGCAGGAUCGGCCAGCGUCAGUUUUCACAUACUGUCUCAACUAUCCGAGGGUCUGUUUGACCGUGCAAUAAUGCAGAGUGGUACGGCUUUUUCACCUUGGGCGUUUUCCGAGGACAUGGAGAGGCUACGAAAGCAGGCUUUUGACAUCGGGCAGAAGCUUGGCUGUGGAGCAUCUGAGAGUACCGCCCUGGUGAAUUGCCUGAGAGACAAGAACGCAACGGAUAUUGACAGAGCUUUAGGCAGUAGCUUCCACUUUUUCGCCGCGGUGGUGGAUGGAAGCUUCCUGGUCGACACACCAGAAGCUCUAUAUGCAGCUGGUCGGUACAAUCACGUGGAUCUUCUCCUAGGCACAACUAAAGAUGAAGGCACGCUGUUUAUACUUGACCAGCCUCGCUUCUCCCACUACGUUACCUCAAAGGAGCCCCCCACUCUGAGCAGACAGGACUUUGAUGAACUUAUCGACGGUGAAGUCUUUCUGGAUGGUAAAAUGAAACCAGUUGAUGACGCUAUCAGAAUGCAGUACAUUGACUGGUCCAAGGCAGACUUCAGCGACCAUGACUACUUUCGCUCGUUCGUGGAGUAUGCGACGGAUUUCUAUUUUGCUAGCGGGACGGACAUGGUGGCGCGCUUCCAUUUCAAUGGCAACGACAGCGUCUUCCUGUAUCAGAUGACGCACGUACCAUCUGUGUCCAUCUUCAGGCAAGGCGGACCAGGGUGGCUAGGUUGCGGUAACGCUGAAGACAUCUCGUUUGUCUUCGGCCUUCCCUUCAUCUCUAAUAUGGCGCCGCUCUAUGCCGCAUUCACGGAUGAAGAAAGAGGACUGUCCGUCGAGUUCAUGCAGUUCUGGACAAGCUUUGCCGAAACUGGAAACCCUGGGGUGCAGAAGCCACGUUCCCCUCCCGACUCCCAGCGCACCUUCUGGCCUCGGUUUACCGUCCCGGAGAUAGAGUACAAGGAACUCAGCUUGAAUAUGAAUACGUCCAGGGCGCUCAAGAGUCAGCAGUCUUAUUUUUGGAACUCCUAUAUCAUUGAGCUCAACAAUAUGCUCGUUCCAGAAGCAAGGACUACCGUCGGUUCGAGACCAAACGUCGGCUCGGGAGUAAACAUUGCUGCUUUUGUCCUAGCAGGCGUCCUGUUCAUUGUGGUUGUGAUUGGCCUCGUCGCUUUAAUCCUGUCGAAAAAACGUAGGGCUGUCCGUUCACAGCAAAGCACUUCCGACCAAGUGCCGUUAUGGAUGUAGCAGAACGUGAACGGAGACAAGCACUUUACGCCUGGACGUACACGUAUUUUUCCGAGUGGAGAUCGGAAACGAGUUCGCCGAUCGAGGACCUUUUUCUCCCCUGACUGUAAGACAGAGGGGGAUAUUGCAAUAGCGUAUUCCUUCUGUGUGUGUACGCACAUGUUUGUUUUACAUACGCUAUGUGGACAUUCCUUUGUUUUCGUGUAGUUAAGAAAACUCGGUACAAAAAA